GCCGUGAGGGAUGGAAAGUCCCCCGGCCUCAUUCCCUGGUCCGGUCUGUCAAUGUGUGUGUGAGGCACGUCUGUGUGAAUGGUGUGGGUCGCAUCCGGCAGCCAAUCACGUUCGAGCUAUGAGGAAGCAGGAAGGAACCCGCCGCAGCCCGGGUUGACCAAUGAGAAGCAGGGGGGCCAGAGGAGGAGGCCUCUUCAGGAAGCGAGUGGCGCAGCGUCAGGGGCUUCACACCACCAACUGACUUUACAAUCGACAAGACUUCACCUCCGUUCUCCGCCGUUCUUCCAUCUCGUCUUUCUCUCAUCCAUGAUCUGAUCCUGUUCCUUUUUUUUCCAAAUCUCCAGUCUAAUCUGUGAUUCACUCCAAUCCGAGACCUUCGGUCCGCUCGUCCAGCGUCUGCUUUUAAAAGUAUGCUGGUACACUGCGUUGUGCCGCCGCCGUCAUGUCCACCGACAUGUCCGCCCCGUCCGUGAGGAAGAAGUCGUUUGCGCGGAGCGUCAAGCCGAGCGUCAGGAUGUGUGUUAUGGAACAGAGGGGCGUCAUAACCAUGUCGUCUCCAGAGGUGUGCUGGCCUGUGCCGAUGCGAGCCAUCGGGGCUCAGAACCUCCUCACCAUGCCGGGGGGCGUGUCCUCCGCCGGCUACCUGCACAAGAAGGGGGGCAGCCAGUUCAGCCUCAUGAAAUGGCCGCUGAGGUACAUCAUCAUCCACAAGGGCUGCGUGUACUACUUCAAGAGCAGUACCUCUCCCGCGCCACAGGGGGCGUUCUCUCUCAACGGCUACAACAGAGUGAUGAGAGCAGCCGAGGAGACGACGUCCAGCAACGUUUUCCCCUUCAAGAUCGCCCACUUCAGCAAGAGACACCGCACGUGGUUCUUCUCUGCGGCCAGCGAGGACGAGCGGAGGAAAUGGAUGCGAUACCUGCGCAGGGAGAUCGACCACUACAACGACCGGAGAGAAUCCUUCAUCCCCAGUGACUCCGAUUCUGACGCCGAAAGUUUCUACGGCACAAUCGAGAGGACCAUGGAUAUCACCCACCAGGACUGCAACGCCGACGACGAUUACGUUGAGGAGGACGACGAUGACGAUGAGGAAGACUAUCUGAAGCCAGACGCUGACUGUUCGCCGACUUCUACAGGUCGUCCCGCGGGGCCGCCCCCCUCCUACCCUCCUCCCCCGGUGCCGCCAGUGUUCCAGCUGCGUCAGGACUCCUGUGCGGGCUUCCCGAAAGGCCCGCCUCCUCCCAUCCCGCCGCAGCACCGAAUCCCGACCGUGCCGCUCCCCAAAAAACCCCCGCCCUCUUUCCCCCCUCCCUCCGUGCUGAAGGACUCCGUCAAAGGCCCGCCCCCGCCUCUGCCCUUCGCUCCCCACCUGCACAAGCCGCCGUCGCCCGACGGUCCUCCUCCUCCUCCUCCCCCCAAUCUGAAGAGAACUUUCCAGGGCAAGGCGUCGUGCGCCGGCGGGCCGGGGAACGGCGCGAGGGACUGGAGGCCUCUGCCGGCCAUUUUAAACCACUAUCCCGCCACUCUGCCCAUCUGUGACCAAUUAGAGAGCAGUCUGGUCCUAAACGGCCCCGCCCACUGCUCCCCGAAUGUCGGCGGGAGCCAGUCGCUGGGCAACCGUCACCACCACCAGGGGGGCAACCUCCGCGGCAAGCCGACUCCCCCGACCCAUCAUCCCCCAAACGCCAGAGGACUGUCCCCCGUCCGACCUGUGACGUCAGAAUCGCCCAACCAGACGUCCCCCUGUCUGCCGCCGCUCCAUGGCCUCCCGCCGCUCUCUCCCCUGCCCAAAACUGGACUACACUGCAAGCCAGUGAUGCCCAAACCUCCUCCGCCUGCCGCCAAACCCUCGCCGUGCGCCGCCAAGUCCAAGCAGCCCGGGACCUCGCUUCAAGCGUCUCCAGAAGGCCAGAGCUUCCGCUCGUCAGGGGACGAGACGCCGUCGGAGUGCAGGAGGAAACAAGACCCGGCCGGAGGAGGAGGAGGAGGAGACGAGGACUCCGAUGAAGACUACGAGAACGUGGAGCUGCCGGACUCCGUGUUCAUCGACACCACUGAAACCAGCUUUGUAGAAAAGUUGUUCCGCGACGGCCCCGUCCCUCCAGAGGACGGACUGUACGGCAUCAGGAACUCUGGGACCAAGACCUCCAAGGUUCUGGUGGUGUGGGACAUCAGUAUAUGCAAAGCCAGAAACUACCGACUGUUUGUGGAUGACGACCAGUUGUUCCUGGAAGGUGAUGUGACCUUCCCCACUCUGUCGGCUCUGAUCGAACACUACCACAGUCAUCCUCUUCCUCACCACGGCUCGCUGUGCCUGCAGAAGCCCUUCGCCAAGACGCUGCCGAGCAUCUGACCCCGGGACACAUACGACUGAAGAACCAGAGAAGAGGAAGAGGAAGAGUGACGAGGAGUCAGGGCAAAGAUUAAAUAACUGGCAUGGUUUAUUAUAAAACUGAUUCUUACCUCUCUCUCUACAAACAAGAAACUGUGAAAUGACAAAGUGGUGAGGACCAAUUCAAGAACGAGUCAGAUGGAUGUGGAGUGUUUUCUCCACACGGGGGCGCUGUGACACAAAAAUGACUCAUGACCCCUGGAAAUCUAUGUCCCGGCCCUCACCUGAGGUUCCUCGGGGUCAAUUCCAACAAACACACGUCCCUACAUGGGAGAUGAGGAAUAUUUAACCGCCACAGCAUCACAGAUACAAUGCGACGACAGUGGGGAAAAAUCAAGCUGCGUUCAGGAAUCAAGUCAUCGAGAAACACACCCGUUCAUCUGUUUGGUCGUCAGUAGGAUUACGGAGGAAAGAAACUACAGAACAGAUUUUUCGGUAUUAUUUUUUUGUUCUGAAUGCCUGACUUUACUGCUGUAAAUAAAUCUAUAUUUAUAUAUGUAAAUGCUGUAUGUACUGUAAAAUAAAAAUGUAAAUAUAUUAUUUUCUACAGGAUAAAAUAUAAUGUUGAGGAUUUAUAAAGGUUAUUUAGAGCUUGUUA